CAUUUUUGGAUAACAAAUAUUUGCUCAGUGCAUUUUCCUCAGAAAAUAAAAAUGAAUUUUUGAAACACGGAAAGGGUACAUCACAACCAUCAUUGAGCCUGAGAUCAGAGACUCAUCCUAGUGAAUUGUUUGAUAAUAUUAAUAAUAGGCAAUGUGCACCUGAGGAGUCAGUAAAAAGUAUAACAAGUGAAAGCAAAGGGGGAUUGUUGCAAAAUAGACUAUGUGAAGCUCAAAUGUCUGUAAAAAAUGAAGGGAAUUUAUUUGAUACCGAACUUUGUGCAAGUCGACAAAAAGAUCCACAAUUAACAAGUGAACGGGAGUUGUCUGAUGAUGAACAACUUGCACCAGCUCAACUAUCUGUGCAGAAAACAACUGAAGGGGAAUUAUUUGAUAAUGAACCAUUUACACUAGCACAGCGAUCUCCGAAAAUAACAAGUGAGGAAGGAUUAUUUGAUGAUGAAUCUUUAUCUGUUCCUGCUCGACAUUCUCCAAAGGAAAGAAGUGACGGGGACUUAUUUGAUGAUGAACAGUCUAUACCCGCCCAACAUUCUCCAAAGGAAACAAGUGAUGGGGAAUUAUUUGAUGAUGAACAAUCUAUACCCACCCAACAUUCUCUAAAGGAGACUUGUGAAGGGAAAGUAUUUGAUGAUAAACAUUUCACGAUAGCACAACAAUCUCCAAAGGAACCUAAUGCAGUGGAAUCAGUUGAUCAUGAAAAGUGUGCUCAAUGUUCUCCAAAGAGAGUGAAUGAUGGGGAAUUUUUGAAAUUUGAUAAUGAGAAAUAUGCCCCUCAGCCUCAACUACCUCAGCAAAAAAUCAUUCAAAGGGAGUUUUUUGAAAAUGAACAGCUUGUGCUUCCACUAUUGUCGAAGAAAAUAAGUGCAAAUGAUCAUGGACAAUACAGGGCUCAACUGUCUCAAAAGGAAAUAUCUCAUGAAACUUUUGAAUUCAAAGAAGAGGUAUCGUCUCCAUAUUUUUCAACGUUGUCUGUUGAAAAUGUAACUUUAUCAAAUGUACUUGCCCAACAUUCUGCUGAAAAAGUGGUUCCUGCUGAGACACUUUCUAGAAAUGAGCCCCAGGAAACAGACUACUCCGAUGUGUCUGGAUUUGAGAGGAAUUUAUCCGCCAGUGGAGCCUUGCUGACCUUUCCAUCACCAACUAAUAGUCCUUCCCAAAAAGUUUUGCUUCAACCUUCAGUUGAAAAUACUCCCAUUUCAGUAAUUUCUUCACCUUUGUGCAGUGUAGAAAAGGUGCCUGAUAAAAGAAAGAACAACAGUCAAGUUUCAUCUCCUGUUGAGUCAGAAUACAAAAAACUGAAACUGUUCACAGAGGAAGACUACCAAGUCAUGGGCCUUGUGUCAACCCCACCAGUGGGAAAUGGGUUGAAGGAAGAGCCAGUACGGUCACAAUCAACUGGUUAUAAUUGUGAAAAUGAAAAACUUGAAUGUGUCGAAGUAUAUCAGUCACCAGAGAUUGUCCAAUCAAAUGAUGGUGAUAUCAGUGAAUCAGACCCUAUUACUCCUGACAGUAUUGUCAAGACCAUCUCAAGAGAAUUUUCAAAGUUUCAUGCUCCUGAAACAGAAAUUGCCAGACAUCAGGAUUUAAUUGAAAUGAAGCAGUAUGAAAGUGAAAGAAGAUCUCCUUCAGAUGAGGAUGCUAUUGUAGUGACAAGUAAGGAUGAUGGCACAACUGAACGUAUGAUUUCACAAGGAAAUGAUACAGGAAUAGAAAUUCAGGUUAGACACAAUUGUCAGAGAGAGGGUACUUUUAAACUGUCUCAGAUGUUUGAUUCAAACCCUAAGAAUACUGGGCAUGAUGCUCAAGAGCCAGUUGUCGACCAUCCAGAUUACAUUGGACUGGUCCAAAAGGAAAAAGAAACUACUUCUGGUGGGGAUUUUGUCCCAACUCUUGGGGAGGAUGUCUUUGUUGAGACUUUUCAGAAAGGAGAGUCAGAUAAUUCCGUUGUGCCUCAAAAUCCUGAUCAAACCUCUAAAGAAAUAAAAAUUCAUCACAGUGAUUCAAUAGAAGAAUCAAAUGUAAAGGAAUCUGAACAUUCCUAUGAGAAGACUUCAAUAGAAUCAAAUGUAAAGGAAUCUAAACAUCCCUGCAAGAUGACUUCUGUAGCCGGCUCUGUCUCCAUCGUUGUCCAAGAAGAAUAUUCAGAACACAUAGUUCCCAGCAGCAGUUCUAAUGAAGCUGAUCCAGUUAUCUGCAGUGAUGUCUCUCUCUACUGUGCUCAUGAGGAUACUGCCACCCAAUUGAACAAGGAUCCUCAUGCAGAUCACCAUCGUGUUUUCCAGUGGACCAGCACAAGUGUGCAACAUGAACUCAAAUCGCACGAUGACCAUGGAACUGUACCUAGACCAUCAGAACUCACCCCUCUUGCUCGUCUCGUACCUUCCUAUCGGAGUCUCCGUGUUGGUUUGUCAAAGAAGCAAAAAGUUGCACAUCUUCAUAAACAGGGUAAUAGAAAGAUGUAGGCCUACUGAUUUUGUGGAGAGACCUAACCGCACUUUCCAAAUAUGCUUCAUUGAAUCUGUUUCUACUGUUAGUGCAUUAGAAUGAGGUUUUAGUCUUUUUGUUUUUAAAGCAAUUCCAUCAAAUCCUUUUCAUUUUUGCAGCUAUUUGUUGAUGAAUGUUCAUAUCAAGUUGCUUGUUACUUGUUAUUGAAGAUAUCCGGUUAGUUGCAAGACGUAAGUGCUGUCCAUAAAAGGAAUGCAUACAAUUAGUACUGACCUAUUUGUUGAUUUGAAUUAACUCCAGUUCUUUUCUUAUUUCUUUCAUGUAAUGUUAAAAGUUACAUUUAUAGUUAGAAUGGUUUGAAUUUCUAAGACCUUCUUUGAGUUUGGUGUACCUAUUUUAACUUUGGCGUUUAACUUUCUGUUUUUUUCCCGACGUUGGUUCUUUAUUUGUGUGUGUGUGUCUGGAGAAAGGUCCCCGUUGUCGGAAAUUUUGGACAUUAAAAUUAGGGCAUACUCUUGUAGCACAUUCAAUGCUGAACGAGCUGAUUUUUUUUCUUCAAAUAUCUUGAUUAAUUUUAAAGAUAUCCGACAUUUUGCAAUACAGGUUGUAAAAUCAAAGUUUGGAGAAAAAUGGUUUUAACCUUAUUUCUAGCACAUUUUUAACUUUUGGUGAAGUAGAUAUACAACAUAAUUAAUUUUAAAAAGUACUUCCAAAAUGUUAUGAAAUGAAUAAACUUGUAUUUUCUAAGGGAACUAAAUUUUUAACCACGUAUGACUUUUUUUUGGCCUUUUCGCCCCGUUGCUAAAAAAUAGCUUUGUCAACAACUGGGACCUUCCUCCAGGCACACACGCAUUUUUUUUCAAAUAUCAAGUUUAUGAAGAUGACUUGCUGAGGCCUCAAGCAUUUCUGUGAUACCUGUAAAUACAAAUAAGUUCCUAAUUGAUCCGUUUGAUUAUAGUAACUGUGUGCUGUUUGCCGCCACACUUAAAUAUUGACCUAC